AUGCCGCCAGUCAGAGAAAGAGUCAAUACGCGUUCCAGGAAGGAGCGGGAGCGUAAUUUUGUCUCACCGGGCAGAGGGCGAGGGAUCCGGAGGCGACCAAACCAUGCCAAUCGGACCCCGCAAGCUGACCCACCAACCAACAGACCACCGAGAAGGGGAAACGCGGCCAGGAGGACACCAACGCAACCAGCCACAGUAACGGUGGCGGACCCCAUGUCGGAAUCAGCAGAUCUCCCAGAGGGCCUAGACGAGGUCGAGGCUUCUAGCAACGCGGGUUUGUCCACUCAUGCAAUUCAUGCGGCGGAUCACACCCCUCGAUCAAAUGCAGGAAUAGAAACACCAAAUUCUAACAUGGAUAUCAACAGUUUAGGAAAAACUCCAAUUGAUGUUCACGUUUUGUCUGCUUAUCUACAAGGUUACAGCGCUAAAUCUUUUCUUAUAAAUGGUUUUCUACACGGUUUUCAACUCCAGACUUGUCCCCAAAAAGACGGAGAUUUCAGACUCAUUCACCACCUUUCCUUCCCGGAUCAACAAUCGAUCAAUUCUUUCAUAGAUCCGGCUGCAUGUUCUGUACAUUACGCAUCAGUAGACGAUGCAGCGGCUAUCAUCGCGACACUGGGGGCAGGCACUUUACUAGCUAAAUCUGAUAUAAAAUCUGCAUUCCGGCUUAUUCCUGUGGCCAUAGAUGAUUUCGAUCUAUUGGGGUUUAAGUUCCAGGGUAAAUACUUUUUUGACAAAAUGAUGCCAUUCGGGGCAUCAAUUAGCUGUGCAAUCUGGGAGAAGUUCGCAACUGCAUUACAUUGGAUCAUCCAAUCUACAUCACGCAACCCCCAUAUUCUACACUAUUUAGAUGAUUUCCUCUUCGCGGGACCACCAAAUUCUAGCCAGUGCCAAUCUACACUCGACCAAUUCAAAAACACAUGUAGCCAUAUUGGAAUACCGAUAGCUCUUGACAAAACUACUAAGCCCAGCACAACUAUAAUUUUUCUGGGAAUCGAAUUUGACACAAUUCAAAUGGUAAUGCGACUCCCCCAAGACAAGUUAGCUUCGCUACGGCAAAGCAUUCAGACAGUCAUGUUAAGUAAAAAGGUCUCCCUAAAAAUCUUACAAUCACUGAUCGGACUCCUCAACUUUGCCUGCAAAACAGUAGCACCCGGUAGAGCCUUUUGCAGGCGUCUAGUCAAUGCCACUAUUGGCGUCAAAAAGCCAUAUCACAUGAUAAGAGUUAACCAAGGCAUGAAAGUAGACCUUGCAGUGUGGCAACAAUUUUUGGAACAUUUUAAUGGGGUUACAGUCAUAACCUCGGGUAUUUGGUCAUCAGAUAACAGUCUACAACUAUUCACAGAUAGUGCAGGGGGAUCUAAUGGGGGGUUUGGAAUCUUCUUUGCUGGCCGCUGGGCUCACUCAAAAUGGCCUACACACUGGGUUUUUUCCGACAUUAUUCGUGACAUGACAUUCUUAGAACUAUUUCCAGUAUACGUAUCCACCCUUUUAUGGCACCCAUGGCUAUCAAACAAACGCAUUAUUUUCCACAUUGAUAACAUGGCAGUCGUACAAGUUAUCAACACAUGGACGUCUAAAUCAAAUAGGGUUAUGAAUAUUGUCAGAAAACUUGUCCUCCUCACCUUGCAACAUAACAUCACAAUCAAAGCCCAACACAUUCCAACAAAAUUGAACAAAAUAGCUGAUAGUCUUUCUCGUUCACAGUGGGGAAAGUUUCGCAACCUGGCUCCAGAAGCAGAGAUGUGGCCCACUCAGCUUCCCAAGCAGAUAUGGGAGAUUUAA